AUGAAUAAGUUGGAUUAAUUUUGGAAAGGAGAAAGAUUAAAUUCAGGAGGGAAUUACAAUUAAAAUGGAUUAAAAAUAGGAAUAUAGAUAAAACUAUAGGAGAAUUAUUGGGAGUAUAAACUUUAUUUAUAAUUUAAUAAGUUAAGCAGAUAUUUAUCAUAUUGGAAUUUAUAAAAAUGGAAGAAAAUAUGGAAAGUGGAAGACAGUUUACAUGGAUAGAAUAUUGUAAGAUAAAAAUGAUAUUUCUAGAGGUGA